GGAGGACUCCUAGCCCACACCUCCGCAGAUUAUGGCCCCACUAACGAAUUCUGCUAUCCGGGACUCUGGGGAAAGCUUGAGCCUGGGGUUGUCUGGGGUACACGGUACACCGUACAUGGGAGCCAAGGACUGGUACUCUCCUUGCUGGUUAUAAAAACAGCGGUCGACGUCCACUUCGCUCAUCUUUUCGGGCAGCACCUUUCUCAUUCAAUCUUCCAACACAGAGAAACAACAUGUCCACCGCACGAGCGAGCGUCAAAGACGGAGCGUUUGCGUCUACUGAUGCGGCCAACUCCGAGAAGGCUCGCCUCGAGGAGCUGGAGAAUGGCCUCGAUGCCAACUUCAACAACGACAGCAAGAGGCGCGUCAGGUCAGAUGCCGAGAAGAAGCUUGUCCGCAAGCUCGACUGGAUCAUCCUACCGGCUCUCUGGAUCAUGUACUGGCUCAACUACCUGGAUCGCAACGCCAUCACUGUAGCUCGACUCGAUAACCUCCAAGACGAUCUUGGACUCUCUUCGACUGAAUACCAAACCUGUGUUUCGAUCCUGUUUGUCGGGUACAUUCUGGGCCAGGUUCCAUGCAAUAUGCUUAUGACCCGAAUCCGACCGGCCUGGUUCAUGGGGGGUGCCAUGGCUCUAUGGGCCAUUGUUAGCACCCUCACAGCUAUCGCACACGAUUUCAAAGGACUCCUUCUCACACGCUUUUUCCUCGGCGUCGUAGAGGCUCCUUUCUACCCAGGCGCCCUGUACGUCUUGUCCCUGUUCUAUGACAGGCAUGAGAUUGCCGUUCGUAUCUCCAUCCUCUUCACGGCCAAUAUCUGCGGCACUGCGUUUGCAGGUUUCAUCGCCAUCGGCGUCUUCGAGAUGAGCGGUGUCGCUGGCCUCGCCGGCUGGCGGUGGCUGUUCAUUAUCCAGGGCAUUGUCACUUUCGUCGUCUCGGUUGUGUCCGUUUUCGUGCUCCCAAAUGAGCCACACAACACGUGGUGGCUGAAGGAAGAUGAGAAAGCAUUGGCACACUCCCGUAUCGCCGAGGAUACGGUUCAGCUCCGCGCCAACACCAGUACCUGGACAGGUCUACUGGAGACCCUCAAGGAUAAGUAUCUGUGGAUCUUGAUUCUCAUGCAGCAUUUGCAUCUGGCUGCCAGCAACUUCAAGAACUUCUUUCCUACCAUUGUCGGCACCCUUGGGUAUAGUCGUAACGUCACAUUGGCGUUAACGUGCCCUCCAUAUCUGAUCGCUGGCGCCCUUUGCAUCGCUUGGUCUUACUCCUCUGGCCGGUUCAACGAGCGGGUUUGGCAUAUCACCAUUGGGAAGGGGGUUGCAGUUCUGGGCUUCGUCGUGGCCUGCUCGACCCUGAACGUGGGGGCUCGAUAUUUCGCCAUGUGCACGUUUGCAUCAGGCGUUUACUCCUGCAACAGCAUCAUUUUGGGAUGGGUUUCAACGACAUGUGGUCAAACGAGGGAGAAGAAGGCCAUUUCCAUGGCCGUGGUGAACACCUUGGCUGUCACCGGAUCUAUCUACACUCCGUACCUCUGGCCUGAAGAUGAUUCGCCUCGCUACACGAUUGCCAUGGCGUCUAGUGCUGCGUUCUCUAUCGCGGCUGCUAUUCUUGCAUGGGUGCUGAAGGGGAUGCUGAUCCGGGCCAAUCGUCGUCUCCGAGAGACAAAUCCUAGUACCGCUGUCUUCUACGCUCAUUAA